AUGGAUUUACACUCCAAUUCGCAGCAGGCGACCACGAAAUGGGGCAGAGCAGCAGGAGAGGCCAUCUCAGGUAGUGAAUUUGAAUCUGAGAUUUGUAUGGCGGGGGAAAAUGUUUACGUGAUUAUAUAUCCUAAUGGAGAAAUUUCUCACACGGCAGAAGGUAUUACAUUCGUUUGCGACGAUCCGCUGUGGAUAAUGAUUCCACCACAAACAUCGUUGCAGGAUUUGAAGAAUCUGAUUCUGAUGCACACCGGAAUGGUUGGGAAAAAAGAAAUUAUGAAGCUGACCUACAGAAUGCCGGUUGCGGUGGCCAACUCGUUUUCCUAUCAAAAAAUGCAGAUAAAAGCUGAUCAGCAUGUGUCGAUGAUGUUUUCUUAUCAUCGCAGCAUAGGAAGCAUCUAUUCAUUGGAGCUUUGUCUGAAUCUUCAGGACAUUGGUGGAAGCUCGUCCAGUUCGAAUAAUGUGGAGGGUGUCGGGAACCGCGGAGCUGGUGAUUUUGUUCCAGAUCGGGAUACCAUUAGGGCCCCCAGUCCAAGCUUCAACGCAUUUGUCCCGAGGGUACAAAAUUUAGUUAUUCGUGAAGCACGCCCCGCCCCUUCUACACACGUGGGGGUCGAUAGGGUUCCAGAGGCUGCUAUUGUAGAUACGUCUGACGAGGAUGAGAUUGAAGAUUUCAGCGGUGAUGAAGCAGAUGUCGUUCCAGAGACGCAGCCUCUACAUGGCGAUGAUGUGCCUCCAACACGGGUCGAACCUGUAGGUGGUGGUGGUUCUUCCUCCAUGCCGUCACACUACCUAUCCUUAAAUUUGGGUGCGAUGCAUUCGACUAACGUAGAGGACAGACCGAGCACGUAUCCUGUGUCAGGCGAGAUGGAGCUUGAGGUUGGGCUGAAAUUUCUUAACCGGGAAUCAGCGAUGCUAGCGGUAAAAAACUACAACAUACGCAGGAGUGCAGAAUAUAAGGUUGUAGAGUCAGACCAAAGCAGGUAUGUAUGUCGAUGUAAGCAGUUCGGGGACCGAUGUCGUUGGAUGGUACGGGUUGCGAAGACAAGGUCCUGUAGAUUUUGGGAAAUCCGAAAGUAUGAAGGUCUCUCUGAUGAAACUUACUCCAUGACCUCAACGUACCGCUAA